GCAGUUUGGAAUUUAUGAAGCUAUAGGUGCGGAAGUAACGAUGCGUAGAGUGUGUAGGAAGUUUGCGUAGGAGUUUUCGGGUAAAUCCAUCAGCCGAUCUAUUAGAUUAAGUAGUUUGCGUAGUUUUCAGGUAAAUCUAUCAGCCGAUCUAUCAGAUCUAUAGGUAAAUGAUUUGGAAGCCGAAUGGUAGACUCUAGUGGUGAUUAACCCAAAGUCACUGAAUGCUCGAAUAAAAGCUACAAGCCAGACUUGGACAGGGUAUAAAAUGGGGUCUAUGCGUGAAGAGUACCGCAAAGCCUUGAACAAAUGUAGAGUGGCUCUAAUCCGUGACCUGGAUGUGUUGGACCCAGAGUUCAGUGCUCACCUGAUACAGGAAGGGGUGCUCACAGACCACAUGCAUGAAGAUGUACGGCAAUGUCAAACUCGUCAAAAGAGCUGUGAAAAGUUCCUAGAAAUUAUUUCGCAUCGUGGGGACGCAGCAUUCAAGGUCUUAAUGAAAGCUCUUGUUGAAACCGGCCAAGAACAUUUGAGAAACCUCGUUCAAGAUGCAUUUGACAAGGAAGAGGAGAGGGAUGAUGAUGAAUAUUUUUAUGAUUCAAGUUAUCUGUUGGCAGCCAUAACAAAGGAGUCAAUAAAAGAUAAUGUGGGGACCGUUCAUCCAAAUGACACAACUGAUCAUCUGUAUGAAGAUGAGCUGGACAAUGAUGGGUACAUCUUGGUGUCAGAAGAUGUCUCCAACAUGGGGAUAUCUGAAGUAGGAAAGAUAAGGCAAGAAGCCAGAAAAGGCACCAAACCCAAAUCCAAAUACUCUAAAAAGUCACGUUAUUCAAGUGCCCAUGAACCAGAUGAGCUAGUUGAAGCCUUUCUUAAAGAAGAUGUAAUAGUCCUUCCUUUGCAUGACUUCAGCGAGGUGUUUUUAGAUGAAGAUUUUCCACAGCCAUCUCAAAAUUGCACAGAAACAUUUGCAUGCAAAAAAUUCUUCCUUAUUCCUGAGGGUUUGGAGAAAAAGAGUGGAGCUGAGACAGCAGUGAAGCAAAAACCUCAGGUAAUGCCAAAACCCAAAGCUGGGGAGUGGGAAAGUGGCAGCGGCAUUGCAGAGGUUAGACAAAGACAAAAACAAAGAAGACAAGGAACCCGAUUAUGCAAAUGUGAGAGAAAGAAAAGUGAUAAAGCCACAGUACACAGAUGAUCACAAAUCUG